CUAUCUAAGACUUUCGACGCCGGCGGAGGAGGUGUUGUUGGGCUCUCGAGAAACAUGGAAUCACAAUCCAAUAGGCCUCACAGGGCAUCGAAAGAGAAGAAGAAACCACAAAAGGGAGAGAAAAAUGUCAAAGCCUUUGCCGUUGCAAAUCCUGGCCGGCUGGCGAAGCAGGCCGUCCGGUCCAGCGAUAUCAAAGAAAAGCGACUGCAUGUUCCACAAGUCGAUCGGAUCCCAGAAGAAGCUCCUCCCAUUGUCGUCGCAGUCGUCGGUCCCCCCGGUGUUGGCAAGACCACACUCAUCAAGAGUCUCAUUAAACGAUAUUCGAAGCAGACCCUGUCGCACCCUACCGGCCCUAUAACAGUUGUUACUUCGAAGCGACGGCGACUUACCUUUAUCGAAUGCCCUUCAGACUCUCUCGCUGCAAUGAUCGAUGUCGCAAAGAUCGCCGACAUUGUGCUACUGAUGAUCGAUGGGAACUAUGGCUUUGAAAUGGAGACAAUGGAAUUUUUAAAUGCCCUUAGCGUUUCUGGUAUGCCGGGCAAUGUCUUUGGCAUUCUGACACACUUGGAUUUUUUCAAGAAACAGAGCACAUUACGCAUGGCCAAAAAGAGGUUAAAACAUAGGUUUUGGUCGGAAUUAUACCAGGGUGCCAAAUUGUUCUACCUCUCUGGUGUGAUCAACGGGCGGUACCCCGACCGAGAAGUUCACAAUCUCUCCCGGUUUUUGUCUGUCAUGAAGAAUCCUAGGCCUCUGAUCUGGCGGAAUAGCCAUCCUUAUUGCCUUGCCGACCGCUUCCUCGAUGUUACGCCUCCGACGCAGAUUGAAGAGAACGAGAAAUGCGACAGACAAGUGGCACUUUAUGGCUACUUGCGAGGGACGAACUUUCCCGCAGAGGGCGCCAGAGUUCAUGUUCCUGGCGUAGGCGACCUUUCGGUCAAAGAGAUUGAAGCACUGCCCGACCCUUGCCCUACACCCUUCCUCGACCAGGCAAUGGCCAAAGCUGCAGGAAAAUCUUCGAGGAGAAAGCUGGGCGAGAAGCAGAAAGUACUGUUUGCGCCCAUGUCAGAUGUUGGCGGAGUUCUGGUAGACAAAGAUGCGGUUUAUAUUGAUGUCAAGACGAACACGUUCGAUCGCAAUGCAGAUGACGCCGAAGAAAGAGGUCUAGGCGAACAGCUUCUGAUGAACCUGCAAGGAGAACGAAGAUUACUGGGAGAAGUUGAGGGCGGUGUGCGGCUUUUCCAGGGUGGUCGGCAGCUCACUGAGGGUGACAACGCUGAGAAUGAUACGGGCCGGACUACAAAAAGAGGGACUCGUUCCUUCGGCCAGAACAGCAAUCUUGACAAUAUCCAUGAUGAAGAGGUUGAUGAAGGGUUCGUCAGUGGAGAAAGCGACGAAGAAGCAGGAAGUGAAGAGGAUGAGGUGGACGACUUUCCCGAACAUACCGGUCGACCUGGUCUUGCAGCUGGGGAAGAGUUAGAUGGUGAAGAAGCCGAGGGUGAUUUGGACUUUGCCGAGAGCGAUUCUGACUUGGGGUCUAUCUCUAAUGACGAGGAUCUUGGACAGGACUUCCCAGAAGACGAGUUUGGGUCCGACGAAGAUGAGGAGGAUGGCGGGCUAAGGUGGAAGGAAAACCUUGCGGCAAAUGCUCGAAAAUUACAUUCGAGCAAAGUGGCAUUCCGUGCUGCCGAUUUGUCAAGGCUGAUGUAUGAUUUGACGCUGUCACCCGCAGAAGCGAUUGCAAAAUGGCGAGGCGAACAAGCCACUCGCAAUGCCGAUGGCGAGGAGAUUGAAGAAGAAGAUAACUUCUUCAACAAGGCCAAAACUGAGCAAGAAGAGGAAUUCGAAGAUCGACAAACUCCACGAUAUGAUUAUGAGCGGUUAGCGGAGAAAUGGGAGGAUGACGAAAACAUCCAACAAAUCAUGUCUCGUUUCACCAGAAACUCCGUCGCGACCGGAGCCAAUGCCGACUCUGAAGGCGAAGAAGAUGGUGGCUUCGAGGGCGAAGAAGGUGAUGAGUCUGAUGAGGGAGACGGCGAGUUUGAAGAUCUGGAGACAGCCGCUGAGCAAGAUCCAGCAGCCCAGGCCGAAUUGACCUUGGAAGAAGAGCGCGCAAGGAAUGCGCAACGAAAAGAAGAGCUCAAGCUCCGAUUCGAGGAAGAAGAUCGUGAGGGAUUUGCCAAUGGCAAGAGUGAAGUCAAAGCCACCGAGCAGGAGUUUGGAGAAGAUGAGUGGUACGAUGCUCAGAAAGCCAUGCUCCAAAAGCAACUUGAUAUCAACCGCGCCGAAUUCGACAGUCUUGACCCGGUAGGCCGGGCUCGAGCAGAAGGAUUCAAAGCCGGCACUUAUGCACGGAUUGUCCUGGACCACGUACCAUACGAGUUUGUUCGCUCCUUCAAUCCCAAGCUCCCGGUGAUUAUUGGAGGUCUGGCGCCAACGGAAGACCGGUUUGGCUUCGUCCAAGUGCGCAUCAAACGACACCGAUGGCACAAGAAGAUCCUGAAGACGAAUGACCCUCUUAUCUUUUCACUGGGUUGGCGAAGAUUUCAAACGCUACCUCUAUAUUCCAUAUCCGAUUCGCGCACACGGAAUCGCAUGCUCAAAUACACGCCCGAACAUAUGCACUGUUUCGGCACGUUCUAUGGACCACUAGUGGCACCAAAUACUGGCUUCUGCUGUGUACAGUCAUUCUCAAAUGCCAAUCCUGGAUUCCGAAUCGCGGCGACGGGUGUGGUACUGAAUGUGGAUGAAACGACCGAAAUCGUCAAGAAACUCAAGUUGACGGGACACCCGUACAAGAUCUUCCGCAACACAGCUUUUAUUCGAGACAUGUUCAGCUCAUCGCUUGAGAUUGCCAAAUUUGAAGGAGCAAGCAUUCGAACCGUUUCUGGUAUUCGUGGGCAGAUCAAGAGAGCUCUCAGCAAACCAGAAGGACAUUUCCGAGCGACGUUCGAAGACAAGAUCUUGAUGUCUGAUAUUGUUUUCUUGAGAGCCUGGUAUGCAGUGAAGCCGCAUCGUUUCUACAAUCCUGUCACCAAUUUGCUGGACGCUCCGCCUAGUGGAUCAACAGAAGAUGGAGAGAGUCGGGGUGUAGAUGAUGGGUCGGGAGGGUGGCAAGCCAUGCGGCUGACGGGCGCUGUUCGAGCAUCUCUGGGCAUGCCGACACCGCUUGUCAAGGACUCUGCUUACAGCAAGAUCGAGCGACCGACAAGACACUUCAAUCCUCUACGAGUACCUCGUUCUCUCGCAGCCGAUCUUCCCUUCAAAUCCCAGAUCACCCAGCAGAAAGCGCGGAAAGCACCAACAUAUCUGCAGAAACGAGCAGUCGUCAUUGGUGGGGAGGAGAAGAAAGCUCGAGACCUCAUGCAGAAAUUGCAGACCAUGAGGAACGAGAAGGCGGAAAAACGGGCCAAGAAACAGGAAGAACGACGUGCUGUGUAUCGGAAGAAGGUUGCUGAGAAUCUGGAAAUGAAGGAGCAACGGGAAAAGAGAGAGCGAGAUGAGUUCUGGAAAAAAGAAGGUGGGAAGCGAAAGAAUACAGACGAGGGUGGUGGAAGGGGAGGAGGAGGCAAGCGGUCGAAGCGACGAUGAAUUGGAUUUCUGGCAGCUUUGUAAAAAGUGUAUAGAUGUCGACAUGAUACCCAACGAGCAUGGCAAUGAA